UUCCAAAGGCUGCAAAUUGUGAAAGCUCCGGGCCAUACGCUAUUAACUCCAUACACAUCAUAGUCUCGAAGGAAAUGUGAGAAAUGUGAAUUUUCUCUUUAACUCCCACCUGGGCUGUCCCACGGGAAGUUUGCUAAAAGUGUGACUUUGAAUGAACAAGUGUCAGCAAUACCAAAUGGAGAAAGGGACAAUCCUCAAAAGUUCAGUAUUGAUAACAAGUGCAAUCUCCAUUUCCAAACGCCUUCGCCAGAGAGGCUGUGAACUUUGCUCACAAUGUUCUCCCGUCAUCAGGGAACAGGCAGGCCGGGCCGAUGGGAAGUAUACUUACAAACAGCCCCCCUGCACACGACUUGAGUCAGCUGUAAGGAGCGACACGCCGGUGCAGUGACACGGCAGCAGAGCGCCCAGGAUGGCAGGAAGGAGACGAGGUCGAGGAAACAACGUCCAGCAGCAGCAUGCCCCGCAGAACCAGAGGCAAGGCCCUCGCGGGGCUCUGCGGGAGCCGGCUGCUUUUGCCAAGUCUACAGGUUGUGAAUCAGAGAUCCCCCAUGACAAGCUGACCAUAGCUCAAGCACGAAGAGGAACUCCAGCUCAUCGGCCGGUGCGAGUCUACGCUGAUGGAAUCUUUGAUCUCUUCCAUUCCGGGCAUGCUCGAGCCCUGAUGCAGGCAAAAAAUGUGUUCCCCAACACUCAUCUGAUAGUCGGAGUCUGCAGUGACGAACUCACCCACAAGUUUAAGGGCUACACAGUGAUGACGGAGGAAGAACGCUACGACGCCCUGAGGCAUUGCCGUUAUGUUGACGAGGUGGUGCAGGACGCUCCCUGGACCCUUACCACGGAGUUCCUCAAGAAACAUAAGAUUGACUUUGUGGCCCAUGAUGACAUCCCGUACACCUCUGCUGGAUCAGAGGACGUUUAUAAGCACAUAAAGGAAGCAGGAAUGUUUGUGGCCACUCAGAGGACAGAGGGCAUCUCCACAUCUGAUCUGAUCACUCGCAUCGUCCGAAACUACGACAUCUAUGUGCGACGCAACCUGCAAAGAGGCUACACAGCCCGAGAACUAAAUGUUGGAUUCAUUAACGAGAAUAAAUACCGGCUCCAGAACCAGGUGGACAAGAUGAAAGAGACGGUGCGGACGGUGGAGGAGAAGUCCAAACACUUUGUCUACAGAGUGGAAGAGAAGAGCCAGGACCUCAUCAACAAGUGGGAGGAGAAGUCACGAGAAUUCAUAAGCAACUUUCUGGAGCUCUUUGGACCUGAUGGAGCCUGGCAUGUGAUUCAGGAGCGGAGCGGCCGGAUGCUCCAGGCCCUGUCGCCCUACUCCUCGCCCCGUGGCUCCCCCAGCAGCAGCCCCACCAGACGGCGCUCAGUUUCUCCCGAUUCCGCCUCCGCCUCCGCCUCCGCCUCUCCCUCCUCUCUCUCCCCUCCUUCCUCCCCCUCCUCACCAAAAAAGGGGAGCCGCUCCUCUCUAAAGACUACCUCCUCAUACAGUAGACAGGUGCAAUGAGCUCGCACAUGGCCCCACGAUCUCAGGAGGCCAUUCAUAAAAUGAUCAAAAUUAACCAAUAAAAAUGUGAACGUCAAUUCAUUAAUGGUUUAUUCAAGUGCAAGUGCAAUAUAUUAUAAUGUACAUAAUACUUCUUGACAGAGAAGUGAAAGAACAUUAAAAUUUAGCUUGAUGUGA